AUGGCCCCUGACAUGGGACUCGGGGUGGCCUCCUCGAGAUAUCAACGUGUGCUCCUCCUGAAAAACUGCCUCGCGAUUAUCUGCAGAGAUCGUCGCAAGUUAUCACAGCAGGCGAAGUCGAAAGACGCCCAUGUUGACGGUUGGACUCUUUUCAAGAGCUUCGUGCGUGAGAACUCCCAAUGCUUCUGGAAUCAGUGUCUGGUGCAAUGCGUCCAGUCGCUGGAAUAUCGCGGAUACAUCGUUCCGACCACAAUCCUCGUGUCAGGAGGAGAGUACUCCUUGGAUGUUGUGCGUUCAGCUUGGGCUCGCAGAGCGUUGAGACCCCCCAUUGGAUACGAUAUUCUUCGUCUAGGAGACAUAACCGAAGCUGAAAUGGUUCGCGUCCUGCAAACCCAGUUCGCGCCAUUGGCUGAAGCAUUAUGCAAGGCGGUCUUCGACCUCACAAACCGAGGAGAUGUUGCCACCUUGGACUCACUCACAGUGGAGCUCAUGAGGACUUACCCAGGCAUGGAGAAACCACCUAGUGACAUAGUUUACAAAACUUUGGGCACACUGAUCCGAGAGCGACGUCUCUACCACACCGGGAACGGCUACAGGGUUGCGGAACCCGAACAGUUCAUGAAAAGCACUCCCACUUUGAAAAGAGCGAGUCUUCUCACGAACGGAGUCGACGCAGCCAAGCAGUGGACUAGCCAGCGUGUUCUGAAUUCUUCGAGUGGAGAAUCUCGUCAGAGCACGCUGGAACGAUCCGCAUCGAUGAGGUUGCUGCGCGAGAGAGAUCGCGAGAAAGGACUCUGUCGGAGCGCCUCGGUGAGACUUUACAACCGGAGCAAGAGUUCCCUGAACGAUCAUCCCGAGCACCGGCACCUACAGCAAACACAGACUCCUCAGCUAGCUAAGCGUGACAGCCCGAAGCGGUCUUCUAUGUUCUCCAGGUUCUUCCGCAAAAAAGAGAAGAGCUCUCCGGAGAUCGUAGUUGUCUCGACGACGGCCACGACUCAUCACACAUCGACGACUUCUUCGUCAAGUUCCGGUUCACCUCCAACAUCGAUGCCGAAACAGAGACUGAGCUUCGCGGCUCAAUUCCCGCCCGUAGAUUGGAGGGAUCCAGAUUACGUGAACUUCCACUCGCGGAGUACGCAGACUAAUCUCGAACCAGAACAGACUCAAGUUCAGGAGACGAAGGCAGAGAUUCCCUCGCGAUCUCUGAGUUUGGCCCGGCAUUGUACGGCGAAACAGAGUUCGUGUUGCAGUGACGGCACACUGGAGGACAGCGGAACAGAAAUGCAUUCUAGACGAAGAUCCUCUUCCAGAUCGAACUCCAGGUCCAACCGGAACCGCAGACAGUGCUCGGAGGAGAUUUGUUGUCGCCAUCGCAGUUCGUCUCCGCCUCGGCGGAAAAACCAGGUCCGAAAGCUUCCGGCUAUGAGUGACGUGAGUCCGUUGCAGCUACGCAAAACUCAUCCACGAUAUCUUCCUGCGCCGCCUAAUGGUUGCAAGAUUCCAACACUGCCUCCGUACCCAACGAGUGGCUUGUACAGGCUGAACAGACCCCCACUAUUCCCCCCCGCACCGCCUCCGAACACCGACCUCUACCGUCAAACCGAACGAUUCAGACAACACAGCAGUGUGCUCUUCCACAGCACAGACGAAGAUUCGCCACAGCUACCCCGAAAGGCCAUGAUUUCUACAGAGAAGGAAAUAAAGGGUCUGACCGCCGCUGACGGUAAGGCCCAGGUCAACCAGUUGAUAACGGCAUCGCCUAAGAACGGGACCAUAAGUCACACAACGACGGUCACCAAUUCUAUGGAGAACGCGAACAAUUUGAGAAACUCCAGGACCCAGCUUCCCAGGUACACCGGUAACGCCUACUUGCGUUCACUGAACAACGUCUUGCCGAAAGAGAAGUGUACGACGACGACUCGGACCACUACAACAAUCUCUGAGAAAAUCGAUGGCACGACGGUACGCGAAAGUACCGGGUCCAGCUCAGACUACAAAUCAAUCGUUGACGUGAACGUCGUCACCGAUGUUGACGGCAGAACUGUGACAAACAUAAAGACGUCAGUGUGCGCUUCGCCCAAGGAGAGUCCGACACCAGCUGCGAAGGUGGAAAAGACAAAACCUGAGUGCAGCAAGGCCGAGGAGAAGGCGAACUCGGACACCGAUCUGGAUGUGGUGGACCCACAGCCCAAGGAGCAAAAGAUCACGUUCUACCCCGAAGCCAACACAAAUGCGUCGACGGGCGGAAAUCUCUCUGCUGAUGAUUCGGGCUUUCUUUCUACCUCGCCUCAGCCCCAAUCGUUCGUGACGGCUUGAUCAUAAAUUAUUCGAGAACCUCAGCCGGUAUGCCCAUCACCACGAUCAUCCAGAAAAUCAGCCACUGUGACUUUUUUCACUCCACCUGCAUACAUAUGCCC